AUGAUUAGGGUAACAUUUGAAGAUUCUUCACAAGAAAGAACUUAUGAUGACUCUACCUGUUUAGAAAAAUAUUCUGAUAUUGAAAAUGAGAUUGAUGAUUCAAUUUCUGAAUUAGAGAAGUUAGGGUAUAAUGGCUCCAUUCUCAAAGAAAAAUGUGAUGCAUUAAAAGACAAAAUAAAAAAUUACAGUCCAUGUUUGAGUUUUUUUUCUGAUUUAUUUUCUGAUAUAGACAAAAGAGCAAACAAAGCAUUAUUAAAGUGUAAAGAAAGUGAUGAACCUUCUAACGCUUUUACAUCUUUGAGUGAUGGACACAAUGGAUUAAGAGAAAAAAAAGAGGAGGCCCCUGACAAAAUAUGUAAUCAUGAAGUAGAAAUAGUGGAUGCAAGGAAAAGUAACCAAAAUACCCACAAAUGCAAUGACAAACCAAAAGAAAGAGAACCUUCAGGAAACCCCAAUUUGCAAGACCCUAAAAGAAAAGAUGUAUAUGAACCCAAUAUAUGUAAUGAAAAAUAUAUUUUGGGAUCCUCCAAAAAGGCGACAUUAGUGAAUGAAUCUCCUGGUGUUCUUCCUUCAGAAAGUAAGCAUGGAGUUUGUAUUGUUCAGGAUUGUAGUGGUAAAAAUUAUCCUACAAAUAAUAUAUUUGAUUCAGAUUGUUCAACACCUCAAGGAAAUGAAACUUACCCAUUUGUAUGUUCUUCACAAUAUAGAUCUGUGCAUAAUUCCAAUUGUACUACUAUCCAGGAUCAAUACGAUAUCGAUAUAAGUAGUGAUCCAUGUAAAAGUAACCUUUGUAAAAAUGGUCCUUGUGAACAUAGUAAUAUUAAAAGUGCAGAUAAUGAAAGGGAAGACAUAACUAUUAUUAAGCUUUGCGAUCGUGGAACUAAAGAAGCUGCGUACGUUUUUGUAGAAGGUUAUAAUUCUGGAUCCAAUAGUCCGACAGAUGAUUCACAGACACUAUUUCCUAAAGAUUCAACCUAUGAAACUGAUUAUCAGGGGAAAAAUUUUCCUGGUGACUCACAACAAACUCUUAAUCAAGGAAAACUCGAAAAAAAGACAAAUACUGAACAGAUAAGAAACGAUCAAGAAUUAUCGUCUGUCAUAUCUCCUGGACUUCAUGAUGCAAAAAAAAAUCAAGUAAAACCAGUUUUACAAAGCCAUAAAUCUAAUAACUCUCUUUUGAUAGAUGAAUCUACGGGUAAUAUUACGGAUAACGGAAAAGAACACUUAGAUGAUAAGAAAGAUGGAAGAGUUUCCCAUAGCGAAGGAGACACAAAAUUUAACACAAUUGCUGAUAGUGUUCAAAAUGAGGAAACAGAUUCAGAAGAAGGAAGAAUCAUUAAAGAAGUUUCAGGAUUAGAUACAACAAACACGGAACAUGAAGGACACCCCAUAAAAAUAUAUAUCAUAAUUAUUGCAUUGAUAUUGGCAGCAAUGCUAUUAUUCGCCCUUCUAAAAAAGGUAAAAUUAAUCUUUUAUAUUUAUUAUGAGAUUGAUAUACUAAUCAUGCAUUGUAAUUAA